GGGCCUGCAAAUGUGAAAAGUAUAACUGUAACUGUUUUUAUGGAAACUGCUACAUCUAAUGCAAUUAGUGGAGUGUUUGGAAUAUAUCUAAAUGGCACUACUCUUUUGAAUGUAAAAGCAAAUAUAACACCUGAUGCAGAUUUACUAUCUAAGCAAACAUUUAACUUGAAUAUGCCAAAGAAUUUUGAAGUGAAACUCUGGUGGCCGAAUGGUUUAGGAAGUCAACCACUUUAUUUAUUGGAAGUUGUAUUUUUCAACAAAGAAGAAAAAGCUUAUAAAGCAGUGAAAUUUGGCUUUCGUUCUAUUAAACUUGUUCAAGAACCCAUACAAAAUUCUUCUGGCUUAAGUUUCUACUUUCAAGUGAAUGGUGUUCCUUUUUUUGCAAAGGGAUCUAACUGGAUACCUGCUGAUAGUUUCCUAGAAAGAGUUACAACUGAAUAUAUUGAAAACCUUCUACAGUCAGCAAAAGAUGCUCAUAUGAAUAUGCUUCGUGUGUGGGGUGGAGGAGCUUAUGAAACAGAUGAAUUUUAUGAACUAGCUGAUAGAAUGGGUUUGUUGAUUUGGCAAGAUUUUAUGUUUGCAUGUGCACUGUAUCCUACUGAUGACACAUUUCUAAAAUCUGUUGCUAUAGAAGUUACUCAGCAGGUCAGACGCUUACAGCAUCAUCCUAGUUUAUUGUUGUGGGCUGGGAACAAUGAAAAUGAGCAGAGCAUAUCUGGCUACUGGUGGCCAGCAGUUAAAGAGCAUCUGGAGCAAUAUAAAGCAGAUUAUGUCAAGUUGUAUAUUGAUACCAUUAUGCCUCUUGUUAUCAAUGAAGACCCAACCCGUCCAUUUCUACCUUCCAGUCCAUCAAAUGGUCCAAAAACUAUGCAAGAAGGUUGGAUAUCAUCUGAUCCACAAGAUGUACAUUUUGGUGAUGUGCAUUUUUACACUUACUUUGGUUCAGAAUGGGAUCCUUCGAUAUAUCCAAGAGCUCGAUUUGUCUCUGAAUAUGGUUUUCAGUCCUACCCAUCUUUUGAAACAUUAGCUAAUGUUUCAAAUUAUAAAGACUGGGUGUAUCCAUUUGGUGACUGGAUGACUCAUAGGCAGCAUCAUAUGUUUGGUAAUUUACAGAUUGGAAGCAUGAUUGAAGAGCAUUUUAUCUUGCCAUCUAAAAUCUGUGGAAUAAAAGGUUUUAAAGAUGUUUUAUAUUUGUCUCAAAUUACACAGGCAAUGGCCAUUAAGACUGAAACAGAAAAAUAUCGUCGCAGUCAAAGUGAAGUCGUAAAUGGAGAAGGAAAAACUAUGGGCGCUUUGUAUUGGCAGCUAAAUGAUAUUUGGCAAGCACCAUCGUGGUCAUCAAUUGAAUAUGGAGGAAAAUGGAAGAUGCUGCACUACUAUGCAAAGAAUUUUUUUUCUCCUCUUCUUGUUUCACCUUAUGAAGAAAAUGGAAUAGCUUUUGCUAGCAUGAUUUCUGAUUUAAUUACACCUCUUUAUGAUUUAAAACUUCGUGUUCUAGUUUUUAAAUGGUCAUCAAUAGUACCAGCAUAUACUGAUGAAGUUAUCUUCAGCCAGAAUCCAACAUCAUCUCAGAUUGUAUAUCAACAUAAGAUAAAUGGAGAGGAUGGUUUGCUUGCAAAAAGUGGCUGCUCUUCUCGGAAUUCUUGCUUUGUAUAUUUCGAAGUCCAUUCCUCAGGGAAAAUUGAAUUGAAGUCCAGUAAUAUUUUAUUGCUUUCUGAGUUUAAAGCUGCUGUUGGAUUAGUGAAACCACAUCUUACAGUUAAUGUAGAUGGUCCAUUUGUUACUGCAAACUGUGAUUUUACAUUUAAUAUUACUUUAGAAACUGAUCACAUAGCUCCAUUUGUUUGGCUGGAAGCUACGAGUAUAUCAGGACAAUUUUCAGAUAAUGGAUUCAUUAUGAUCUUGCCUUUUCUGAAUAUUUCAUUCUUCAGCAAAGAAGGUAUUCAAGUACAAGAUGUGACUAGGAAUUUAAAUAUUUUGUCUCUAAAAGAUACUUGUACUGAGUAGUCGUAUUCUUACAAAGUCACAAUUUUUUAGAAAGACAUAUAAAUUCACUUUUUUUUUUAUUAGAAUUUCAUUUUUGACCAUAUUUUCAAUCAUUCUACACCAUAUCCACAAAUGUCUUUAUGCAACCUUUAUUUUUUCAACUAUUAGUUGAAUAAAUAUACUUCCAAUUGCGUAAAAGUUUCAAAUGAUGCAGAUAAUCAUGAUCUGGAAUUUAUAUUUAAAAAUCAGCUUUGUAAAAAUUAUGAAAUCUAACUUUUAACUUGGUUCUCUGUACCCUAUAAUUAUAUUAAAGAAUAUUUUUUAUUUAUUUU